AUGAAGAAUAGCAAGAACGUUACAAAACGUGAAGAGUAUCAAAGGGUAUUUAGUUGCUUUGACAAGAGCCAACAAGGGAAUGUUUCUGUUUCCACCAUCGAACGAUGUGUCGAUGCUAUUAAGUCCGGGGAAAAGGUCGUACCUGAAGAAGAGACAACGGAUACACAUACUCAUAAAUCCUUGGAACUCGAGGAGUUUGUGAAGCUGGUGGAAGAAGGAGACGAGGAAGACAAGGAGAAUGACUUGAAGCAAGCUUUCAAGAUGUAUGAAGAGAGUGAAGGCAUCACCCCUAAAAGUUUAAAGAGGAUGCUUAGUUUGUUGGGGGAAUCCAAAAGCCUUGAAGAAUGCGAGGUUAUGAUUUCGCAAUUUGAUAUUAAUAGCGAUGGAAUUAUUAACUUUGAUGAGUUUAGGGUUAUGAUGCAAUAAUAUGUAGGGAUAUAUUUAUAUACAGUUUUAUAAACGGACUAGCCACCUUUCUUUCUUU